GCCUUCUUUGUGUCCAUGGGCCAGGGCACCUGCCGAUUAGAUGCCGCAGACACCACAGGCAAUGGGCGGGGCACUACCACCACGUAUGACGUCACUUCCCGGGCUGCGUGCUUGGACCUCUGCUUCUCGCUGGGCUGGUGCACGGGGGUGGAGUUCCGGGAGGCCAGGCUGAAGUGCGAGAUCUGGAACCAGACAGUGGGCUACUUCCGCACCAGCUCCUCCGCCAACGAGUGCAUCGCGAAGCAGGAGCGCGCCUGCGCUGACUGGGUGGGCACCGCCUCCUGCGCAGCCAGCAUUGAGGACUUGAACGCCACGACCCGCGUGGACCGCCUGCUGCGGUCGUGCCCGCAAGCCUGCGCCGACGUGACGCCGACCUGCCCUUCUGACUUCAGGCAGCUAGAUGCCAACGUUGGAGGCCUGUACCUCACCUCGGGCGGCACGGUCUACCAGUCCCAGCUGGAGCAGUACCACAGCGGGUACAACAUGUUCUUCCAGAUGCGCGGGCAGGUGAACGCGCAUUCAGGAGCGCUGGAGCUGACGUCUCUGUCUGCCGACGGCGGCGAAGAGGCGCUGAUCACCCGAGCCAGAUACUUGGUGAACAGGCUGGGCGCCAAGGUGCUGCUGGGCCCCUACGGGGACGAGAGCUUCGAAGCCGUGGCGACGGUGGCUGAGGAGUCCAAGGUGGUGCUCAUGGGGCCGAUCAGCAAGAGCAACGAGACCGUGGCGUCGCACGACACCGUCUUCUCCAUGACACGCCACCCGUCAGACGAG